AUGUUCGUGUCAAACCCUACUCUAGUGAUCCAAGGUGAGAAGAGUUCUGAUGCUUUCACCCGUCAGAAGAUGCAACUAACAUCCCAUGAUGAGGUGGCGGAGAUCUGGGAGAAGGAUUUUGGAGCUACUUCCACUAGUAUUUUAGUUUAUCCUCCGUAUUCUGUUGCUAAUAUGAUGGCAAUUGCCGAUAGGUACCAAUACGGUUUCCCUCAGCAGCGGAUUCUUGAGUUCUUCAAGGGGAAGGCCCUUAAGUUGGAGGUAAAGCUUCGUCACAGAGAAGGUGAGUUGACAGCUGCUGAGGCGCUCAUCGCUGCUAAGGACGAGGAGAUAUUGGAAUUGAAGAAUCGGCUAAAGGGAAAAGAGCGGCUUGGUGCUGAAGAGGAGAAGCUUCUUAAUGAGCUUGCACUGGUUCGUAGUGAUUUGGAGAAGGCUCGUAAUGACACUUCGUCCUCCAAAGGUUUGUUUUCUUAUUUAUUCUUUUCUUCGUCUCUCCCUUUCGUCUUCUUAAUGUGCUGUCUGAGUCUCCCAUCCCUAUCUUUAUCGAUCGAUAUCCGAGAAUUAACAUGGCUUCAGAAUGAGAAGACUCUUCAAGCUUCUCGGAUUAGGGAACUAGUGGAGAAAAUCAAAGAUGAGGCUGAUAAGUUGAAUGCUCGGGAAGAUGAGCAUAAUGAAUUGAUGGCUCAGUAUCGACAACGACGUGAGCAGAUGGUUGAUAUGCAGAAUCGUUAUAACUCUGAUCGUCGCCAGUUUGAUGGUGCUUUGUUGUGGACUCGUGAGAAUCUACGUGAGGCUCGUGAGGGUAUUUAUCGUUUAGAAACUAAGGUGGCAAGCUUGGAAGAGGAGCUGCGUCAAGCUCGUUCAUCUCAUGAUCCUGAAGCUCGGGAUUAUAUACAGUGGCUCGUUCGGGAGAGGGAUGAUGCCAGAGCUGAGGCCCAUGCCCUUAGUAAUGCUUUAUCUGCUUCUCGGGCCGAUGUCGCUCGUUUAGUGGAAUCUGAGAAGGACCUUGAAAUAAAUAUGGACGGGCUUACUAAGGGGAUAGAAGAGAUGAGUAAUGAAGUCAAUCACCUUCGACAUUUAUACUCCAUGAAGCAGGUAGAGUUGGAUGAAUAUCUCGAGGGACAACUUAACCUCGCAAAUGAAAGGCUUGAAAAGGCUCAAUCUUCCCUAGCAUACCAAGAGGGUCAAGCCAAGUAUUUCGAAGGGCUAGCAGGAUCUAGGGAUGCAGCGGCGAAGGAAUCAGCCAAGAAGGUGGCCCGACUGACAUCUUUGUUGUCGCAAUUUGAACUCAAGGCCACCGUUAUUACUCAUAAGGCUCGUUGUCAGCUGGCCGAGGAGAUUAACAAGACUUUGACCAAGAUCGAACAGAACCUUCUGAAGGAACAUGAUAUUGUUAAGAAGUAUCCUCGUCGUCCUAUGCCUGAACCCUUGACUUACUCUUCAGGUCCUUUUUCGGGAGGAAGUGUUCCUUUGUCUCAACCGAAGAAUCCUGCUGAUCGCGUCGAGUCUUCCAAGAGGAAGUAG